AUGGUUGACGCGGCCGCAGAGGUCGAAAAGCCUGAGAAGCCCGUCAAGCCCACCGAGGUUGAACAAUCCGACGAGCCUGCUACCGAGUCCGCCCCCGAAGCUACACCCUCUGGCAAACGCAAGGCCGAGAUCGAGGAGAUUGAAGUAGACGUCUCCGCCCCCGAGCCCCCUUCCAAGCGCGCAAAGCGUGCCCUCAAGAAGGGCAAGUCCCUCCCCGCCAAGCAGGACAGCGACGACGAGUCGGGCGAGAAGAAGGGCAAGAAGGACGCCCGCUCAGAGCAUGGCGUCUGGGUUGGCAACUUGCCCUUCUUCGUCGGUCCCGUUGAGUUGCGCAAGUGGCUUAUCGACAACUCGGGCGGCGUCAUCACCGAAGAGAACAUCACCCGUAUCAAACUGCCCACGAACAACAAGGAGCCUGGUCGGGACAAGAGCUCCAAGCCCACCAACAAGGGCUUCGCCUACGUCGACUUCACAGAUAUCGGCCCCAAGGUCGCCGCCAUCGCCCUCUCUGAGAACGAUCUCGGUGCCCGAAAGCUCCUCAUCAAGGAUUCCAAAUCCUUCGAGGGCCGCCCCAAGAAGGAGGCCGAGCCUGAGCCCGGUACCGAGGAGGGCGAUGCCGCACAGCAGAAGAAGGAUGCCAACGCGAGCCGCAAGAUCUUCGUGGGCAACAUGGGCUUCAAGACCACCGACGAGGACGUGUCGCGGAAUUUCGAAAAGUGUGGCGAGAUCGAGUGGGUCAAGGUCGCCACGUUUGAAGACACGGGCAAGUGUAAGGGCUACGGCUGGGUCAAGUUCAAGGAGCCUGAGGCAGCAGCGUGGGCCGUCAAAGGCUUCGUGAAGAUCAAGGAAGAGAUCGAGACCGAGAAAGACUUCAAGGAGGGCUCGGACGAUGAUGAGGACGAGGAGCCCCAGCAGAAGCAGUUCAAGAUGCGCAAGUGGUGGGUCAACCGAAUGCUAGGCCGCGAGCUCAAGAUCGAGUUGGCCGAGGACGACCAAGUGCGGUACAAGAAGCGCUUCAAGAAGAACCCCAACGCCGACGACAGCGAGAACCCACGGAAUCGACCGCCGGCGCGCAAGGCCUACAGGCCGAACGAGGGCGCCGAGGGCGCCGACAGCGGUGCCUCGAAGCCCCUGAAGGAGGCGACUGACAUCUCAGUCGCGAGCACAUCGCCGAUUUUCAUCAUGUAUGAAUCACAGUCUCUUCCUCAGGACAUACCUAGCCAAGAAAAGGCAUCCCGCCUCUCCCAUCCUAUCGUCAAGUACACACUAAUCCCCCCUCUCAGACUUGACCAAGCUCUCUCCCAGGUCCAAUCCCCAUCCGUUCCUUUCACUCUGCACUUUGACCCUUAUCAACCGUCUUCCGACCUCCCCGACACCGUCCCGGACCGCUCUCAAUGGGCCUUGCAGCACAAACAUAACGACAACCCGGAGGCGCAGCAAGUCUACCAGGCGCACAUGACCGGUCUCGCAGAACAACUUGGCGUGCCCCUCACUUUCACCGGUCCCACGGGUAACAGUUUUCACGCCCACCGAGUCAUCCAGCUCGUCCAGGAGUCCGACGGCGCCGCCGUGACGAACCGCCUCGUGGACGAGCUGUUUCGACGGUACUUUGCCGAGGGGCAGCACCCUGCUGCGGACGACACACUCGUGGCUGCAUGCAUCGCGGCUGGUGUGCCAGAAGAGCAAGCGAAGGCGUUGGUGGCCGACCGUGAGAAGGGCCAGAAGCAAGUGAAGGAGAAGAUCCGCAGCGUGGGUAUGGAUAUUGACGCGGUGCCGGUGGUGAUGGUGGAGGGGCGGCGGAGGGACUUGACACUGACUGGAUUGAAACAGGUUGCAGACUACGUCAAGGCAUUGGAAACGGUAGUCAAGGAGAGUUCAUAG